AUCGAAAUCAAAAUCAAAAUCCUCCAUUUCUGUUCUGUUCUGUUUCUGUUCCAAUCUGAAAUUUGCUCGCUAGGGCUUACUGUUCCUUCUGCUUGAUAGACAGAGAUACAGAGAGAGAGAGACAGAGAGAGAGAGAAGUGGUCGAGCUAUCGGCGUUGGGAAAUGGACGGCGGAGCUCAGCCGGGGGAUACCGUGAUGUCGGAGGCAGCGCCGCCCCCGCAGCAGCAGCCGGCCCCACAGGGCAUCGAGAACAUCCCGGCCACCCUCAGCCACGGCGGCAGGUUUAUCCAGUACAACAUAUUUGGCAACAUAUUCGAGGUCACCGCCAAGUACAAGCCCCCGAUUAUGCCCAUCGGGAAGGGCGCUUACGGUAUUGUCUGUUCAGCAUUGAACUCGGAGACAAAUGAGCACGUGGCGAUAAAAAAGAUUGCAAAUGCUUUUGAUAACAAGAUUGAUGCGAAGAGGACCCUUCGUGAGAUCAAGCUUCUUCGGCACAUGGAUCAUGAAAACGUUGUUGCAAUUAGGGAUAUAAUUCCGCCACCUCAGAGGGGAAGCUUUAAUGACGUUUAUAUUGCCUAUGAGCUUAUGGACACUGAUCUGCAUCAAAUAAUCCGUUCUAAUCAAGCUUUGUCGGAGGAGCAUUGCCAGUACUUUCUCUAUCAGAUCUUACGUGGGUUAAAAUACAUACAUUCCGCAAAUGUUCUGCAUAGGGACCUGAAGCCUAGCAAUCUCCUCCUGAAUGCUAAUUGUGACCUCAAAAUAUGUGAUUUUGGACUGGCUCGUGUUACCUCUGAGACUGAUUUUAUGACUGAAUACGUGGUCACGAGAUGGUACCGGGCGCCAGAGCUGUUGUUGAACUCUUCAGAUUACACUACAGCUAUUGAUGUUUGGUCAGUGGGCUGUAUAUUCAUGGAAUUAAUGGAUAGGAAGCCAUUAUUUCCUGGCCGGGACCAUGUGCAGCAGCUGCGUUUGCUGAUGGAGCUGAUUGGCACCCCAUCAGAGGCUGAGCUGGAGUUUUUAAAUGAAAAUGCCAAAAGGUACAUUAGACAACUUCCACUCUAUCGGCGACAGUCAUUUACCGAGAAGUUUCCACAUGUUCACCCUGCUGCUAUAGAUCUUGUUGAGAAGAUGUUAACAUUUGAUCCCAGACUGAGGAUUACAGUUGAAGGAGCCCUGGCUCAUCCCUACCUGAACUCACUCCAUGACAUAAGUGACGAGCCCACCUGCAUGACCCCUUUCAACUUCGACUUUGAGCAGCGUGCCCUCACCGAGGAGCAGAUGAGGGAGCUGAUCUACAGGGAAGCCCUCGCCUUCAACCCCGAGUACCAACAGAUGUGAGUGACCCACCCACGUUUGUUUUUAAUUCAGUCGAUUUCUUUUCUUCAGCUGGCAGCCUUUUAAUCGGAGUGUGAUUUGAUGAAUGGAUGCAUGGACGAUCGAUUUCUUCUGUACAUAUUUUUCCCAUCCUUCAAUAGGAUGGGCUCUUUUCUGAUAUUGAAUCAUUAUCUAUUGGACAUAACUUCGGAGAAUCCACAUAACAAAAUCUUGGACCGAUAAUCUGUAUUGGCUGUCUUUAUUACACAGUUGUUGAGAGUUGAGCAAAAUGCGUUAUUGAUCUGA